GAGGUUUUGAUGCUCACCAUGGCGGAGGAGGUUUUGGAGGAAGUGGAUUCGGUGGUGGCCACGGUGGUGGCGGCGGAGGAGGUGGAUUCGGUGGAAUCGAACACCAUGCUAUUAGUAACAGCAUAUCUUCCGGCUUCGGAAGCAGUGGGCACGGUGGAGGCGGAGAUGGAUACAGUUCCGGUGGUGGUUACGAUUCGUACUCAAGUGGCGGUCAUAGUGGUGGCGGUCAUGGUGGUGGCGGCCAUGGCGGUGGUUUCUCAGGCUAUCACAAGAAAAAGUAAUAGCGAUCGACGAGUCAAUGUCGUGUUUCCGAUCGGUCGGUUUGACCGAUUUCCGACAUCGUGAUGAUCGCGUUAUUCCUCGUGCCGCGUUCUCAUCACGCGAUCAUUAACGUCACGUGACUGUCGAUCGCGAUUCAUCGACAACACUCACUGCUACAUAGCAGGACACUAAUUCACAACGAUCGUUUCGAUUUCCCCUGAUUCUCCUCGAGAUACUUCGAGGAAACUAUUUGUCAUUUCCACUUUCGUUUUUAAACGAGUUGGCGUUUACCGUUAAACGCAGCAGAGAAAAUGGAAAGUUUAGAAAUUCGAUCGAACGGAAUUAGUAUCGUCAUAACGUUUGCAAUGUCGAUUUAGCAUGUUAAGUGGAUUAAACGGAUCUGUCGGUACAUCGUAUAUGAAUUGGAUUAACGAUAGAAUAAUUUACCGAGAAUUUAGGAACGAGGAAGAAUAUUUCAUUCGUGUAUUAUGGAUUACAUGACAUUAGUUUCGAUCACCAGAAGAUCGACCGUUCGUACAGUUUCGUGUAAAUCCUGCAUGACUGCGUUUUAUAAUUAGUUAGUCUUUAAUGACUACUCGCGUGCGCUUCGCAACUGCGACGCAUUUACCUGAUUAUUUUAUUCAUCGCAGCUAUUGUGUUUUGUAUAUAUUAUACGUUGUGUAAAUACUAUUCGUUUACUGUUAUCUUUAAUAAAUUGUUUUAUUUGUA